AGGGACCCUUAGGGGUCAGCAGCAUUUUUUAACUUCUCCUUUUGAAGACAAAAUUACCUAGUCAAGAACAGGAUUAUUUGGUUUUCGAAAUUACCAACAAAAUACGGAAGUCUUCUUUUGCUCAGACGUUUAUAAAAAUACAUCAAAAUGAGUUGUUGUGGCGGAUGCUGU